AUCUUGUUGUUGUCUUUUAACACAGUUUGCGCGUCUGUGGCUGCGUUCGGUUUUUGUAUGAUGUGAAUUGUCGUUUUUGUAUUGGAAAUAGCCUUUCGGAUAUUCGUGAAUUUAUUUAAAAGGACUUUUUUCAUGCGGCUUGGCAAGUAAAUUGCCAGCGGUUGCCAUUUGGAUCAACAAACAGCAUCGAAAACAUUUCCCAACUCGCCCUCUCUCUCUUGUUGGGUGAACGUGUGUGAGUGGAAGUGAGCCGACUGCAAAUUAAGGCGAAAAAAACGCAGUAAUCCAAUUGAGGUUUGGGCAGCACAGUGUGCCCACACCCAAAAGAAAAAAAGUAAGGAAAAACAAGCAGUGCAAGCAGGUUCAGCAUGCAAGUGCAAUUGAUUCUUUCGCUGCCACUGCUGCUGCUUCUGCUGGCAUGCGGAAUACAACAAAUUGCAGGCGACUAUGAAAACACAUGGAAUUUCUACUAUGAACAACCCUGCUGUGCCGGCAACGAUCAGUCCAGUUAUGGCAAACACAAGCGAGAUCAUGUGCGCGAAUUCACAUGCGGCAAGCUCUAUUACCGCACCUUCCAUAUGAACGAGGAGCGCGAUUCGCUUUAUGUGGGCGCCAUGGAUCGUGUAUUCCGUUUGAAUUUGCAGAAUAUUUCGUCGUCGUAUUGUGAUCGCGAUGUGAUCAAUUUGGAGCCAACGCGUGACGAUGUGGUCAGCUGUGUGUCGAAGGGCAAAAGUCAGGUGUUCGAUUGCAAGAACCAUGUGCGUGUCAUACAAUCGAUGCAGCAAGGCGAUAGGCUCUACGUGUGUGGCACCAAUGCACACAAUCCCAAGGAUUAUGUCAUCUAUUCCAAUCUGACGCAUCUGCCACGCUCAGAAUACGUGAUUGGAGUUGGUCUUGGCAUUGCCAAGUGUCCCUACGAUCCUUUGGACAACUCAACGGCCAUCUACGUGGAGGAGGGAAAUCCUGGCGGACUGCCUGGUCUGUACUCGGGCACCAAUGCUGAGUUCACGAAGGCGGAUACUGUGAUCUUUCGCACGGAUUUGUAUAAUACGUCAGCAAAGCGCUUGGAAUACAAAUUCAAACGCACGCUCAAAUAUGAUUCCAAGUGGUUGGACAAACCGAAUUUCGUUGGCUCCUUUGAUAUUGGCGAGUAUGUGUACUUCUUUUUCCGAGAAACAGCCGUGGAGUACAUUAACUGCGGCAAGGCGGUCUAUUCGCGGAUUGCACGUGUUUGCAAAAAGGAUGUUGGAGGCAAGAAUCUGUUGGCCCACAAUUGGGCCACAUAUCUAAAGGCACGACUCAACUGCAGCAUUUCGGGCGAAUUUCCGUUCUACUUCAAUGAGAUACAAUCGGUUUAUCAACUGCCCACGGACAAGACACGCUUCUAUGCAACAUUCACGACCAGCACCAAUGGCCUGAUUGGAUCAGCCGUGUGCAGCUUCCACAUUAACGAGGUCCAAGCCGCUUUCAAUGGUAAAUUUAAGGAGCAAUCCUCGUCAAACUCCGCCUGGCUGCCGGUGCUGAACUCUCGUGUGCCAGAUCCGCGACCCGGCACAUGUGUCAACGAUACCUCAAAUCUGCCAGAUACCGUCCUGAAUUUCAUACGCUCGCAUCCACUUAUGGACAAAGCCGUAAAUCACGAGCACAACAAUCCGGUCUAUUAUAAAAGGGAUUUGGUGUUCACAAAGCUCGUUGUUGACAAAAUCAAAAUCGACAUAUUGAACCAGGAGUACACCGUAUACUAUGUGGGCACCAAUCUGGGUCGCAUCUAUAAAAUCGUACAGUAUUAUCGCAAUGGCGAGUCGCUGUCGAAACUUUUGGACAUCUUUGAAGUGGCACCCAAUGAGGCCAUCCAGGUGAUGGAAAUCAGCCAGACACGUAAAUCUCUGUAUGUGGGCACCGAUCAUCGCAUCAAGCAAAUCGAUUUGGCAAUGUGCAAUCGCCGUUACGACAAUUGCUUCCGUUGCGUCCGUGAUCCAUACUGCGGCUGGGACAAGGAAGCCAACACGUGCCGUCCAUACGAAUUGGAUUUGCUGCAGGAUGUGGCGAACGAGACAAGCGACAUUUGUGACUCCAGUGUGCUAAAGAAGAAAAUCGUUGUCACCUAUGGCCAGAGUGUGCAUCUGGGUUGCUUUGUCAAGAUACCCGAAGUGCUGAAGAACGAACAGGUCACCUGGUAUCAUCACUCCAAGGACAGAGGACGCUAUGAGAUCAAGUACAGCCCCACCAAAUACAUUGAGACCACGGAGCGAGGACUGGUUGUGGUAUCGGUGAAUGAGGCCGACGGUGGACGCUACGAUUGCCACCUUGGUGGCUCGCUGUUGUGCAGCUAUAACAUAACCGUCGAUGCGCAUAGAUGCACGCCACCGAACAAAAGCAAUGACUAUCAGAAAAUCUAUUCGGAUUGGUGUCAUGAAUUCGAGAAAUAUAAAACAGCCAUGAAGUCCUGGGAAAAGAAGCAAGCGCAAUGCUCGACGCGCCAGAACUUCAGCAGCAACCAACAUCCAAAUGAUAUCUUCCGCAAGAACAACGUUUGAUACCACGACAAUAGUUUUGUCGUCAACAUGCCGCCACCAAGCACGUCCAUCAAACGUUUCUACUAAAUUCAUUGAACCACCCAGAGAUGAGUUUACAAUUUAAAUCAAAUUCAAUAGACGACUUGAGUUGAGUUGAGUUGUGGAUGCAAAUAGCAAUCGAUUGGCGCUAAACUGAAUAAAUAAGUUUAAAUAAAUUUAAGCAAUAUGUAAACCGCGAACUCGUAAACUCGAUCAACUGCAUUUAUACGGAUAUCAACGUACAUAUGUAUAGCGAACCACUUCCAGUACAGUGCAUUUAUUCAGCAUACUCGAUACUUUAAUUGCAAUUGCAAACAUCUAAAGAAAAUAAGACAUUCGUCUGCGCAAUAACAGAAAUAUAAUAAUUCAUCAAUAGUUAGCUACAAAAACGAAGAAACAAACAAUAAAAGAUCACUUCAUAUCGUUAAUAUAAUAAACAUUUUACAUUUAAUACAAUAUAAAUAAAAUUACAUAUUUAAGCAUACUUAAUGCAUACUUAAAGUAAACGCAACGUUUCAACAUGUUAAUAAUUCUAUCGACAAAUACAAAACUAAAGGAUGAACAAGCAAACAAGUAUUACACAUAAACGUAAAAGUAAAUCAGCAAAAUGAGCCAGCAUUUCAUUCACGUAAUUCAUAAUUAAAUCAAUCGAAUCAUAAUUAAACUAAAAUUAACCUUAAUAUACGAAAUAGCAGUUAGCAUUUAGCAUACAUAUAAACACGAAUUGCAUCUAAAUAAAAGUCGAAUAAACCUACACGUAAUUGUAAUUGGAGAAGCAAUGUGAUGUUAAGUUUUGAUACAUUUAUGAAUUUGCCAGAUUAAAUCAUCAUCAUCUGAAUCAUAUCACGAGAUGAAUGAGUAACUAAAUAUGAAAUGAAAUGCAUUUAAAGCAACUGCCGCAUUAAAUACGCACAACAACACAUUCAAACGUACAUAUUGAUAAGCAUACUAAAAUAUUAUGGAAAUUAAAUCAGAUUUGCUUAAUUGAACUAAACUAAACUAGAUGAACUGCAACUUCAACUAAGUAACGUCAAUGAGCAAUAUACAUACAUAAUAAUAAAUAUAAAAUAUUACAAAGCAGUAGUAAAAUAUCCAACGCUGAAUUAUACAAAUAAUAUAUAAAUACAAUCUACAUCAAAUCGGUCCAUAGUUUAUACACAACAUAACAUAAUAAAAACUCGCAUAAUUCGCAAUUUUGUCAAUUUCACAUGCAACUUAAUCGUUUCUUCACAUCAUAAUCCGAAUUUUGAUUUCAACUAAACUUGCCAAGACACAAUAAAGCAAAAAUAAACCGAAAAUAUGAAUUUUUAGCAUACUGUUCUAUGUGUACUUAAGCUAAAUCGACAACAUUUUAGUUACUAAGCGUUUAGUUAUAAAUUAAAUUUUAAUAAAAAAAAAAACGUAUCUAUAAAAACAAA